AUGAAGCAGCUUCACAAGCAAAUGAGCUCCAAACGCGACGAGGAGACGAUUCCCAUGAGCCAAUCCAGUCCUUACUCUCCCAAGACCUUAAAGCACCCCAGAUCUCUUCCCAGAUCGCUCCACUACCUCUUCCGUGAACAGAGACUCCUCUUCAUCCUCGUCGGGAUCCUGAUCGGAUCCACCUUCUUCAUCCUCCAGCCUUCUCUCUCCCGUCUAGGCGCCGCGGAAUCCACCUCGCUCAUCACCAGAUCCGUUAGUGCCGCCGUGGAUAAUAAUUACCCGCCUUCCAAGAUGACUUUUAACUACGGCGGAGGUGCAGGUAAAACCGGUCGAGUUCCCGUCGGUAUCGGACGGAAGAGACUAAGGAUUGUGGUGACCGGUGGAGCUGGAUUCGUCGGUAGCCAUCUCGUCGAUAAGCUUAUCGGAAGGGGAGAUGAAGUGAUCGUGAUCGAUAACUUCUUCACCGGUAGGAAGGAGAAUUUGGUUCAUCUGUUCUCGAAUCCUAGGUUUGAGCUUAUUCGACACGAUGUGGUUGAUCCCAUCCUUCUCGAGGUGGAUCAAAUCUACCAUUUAGCUUGCCCAGCAUCACCUGUUCAUUACAAGUACAAUCCAGUGAAGACUAUCAUAUCCUUUUGA